GGGCACAGACCCUCGAGCAUAGGAGCAGAUCUGUGCCCCUUCCCCUGGCGCCUGCGCACUGCAGCUCCGUUCCCCGCCCAACCCCGCCCGGAUGGCCCGGGUUUUCAAAUUUGAAACCUGCUCCUUUUCCCGCCUGAACGUGUGGACCAGCAGAGGGAGAGGGCGGGGCCGCACUUGGCCAAUAGUGCCCCGGAAGCUUUCCGGCCCCGCCCCGCAGGUGACGCCAGCGAGCCCCAGGAGGCAGCGGGCAAAUGGGCGAGGGUGCCCGCCGGCCCCGCCCCUGCGGCGCCCACGUGCAGCAGCUAAGACCCUGGGCUCCCGGAGUACCAUUCUAGGUGCAGAGCCUUCGCUGUCAGCUUGGGGCUGGAAACCGAGGCCUUGAGAUACCUAAGCAGGCCCUAAGCAGUCGGCGCGGGGUCGCUGAGCGAAAUGGGCAAGACGCAGCCCCUUUCAGCCCGGGGGUUCACUCGUAAGGCUGGGGCCGGAAUCGGCGCCCCUCGCAGUCCCGGCAGUCUGAGGAGAAGGGCGGGCUCGGAGAGGUGGUCGGCUGCUCCUCGGCCCCUUCCAAGGAGGCGGGGUCCAGAGCUGGGCGGUCCGGGGGCGGGGUGUCCCAGGGGCGGGGCCGGCCCCUGUGUUUGUUGCACCGUGUCAGUUACAUUGUAACAAAAGUGGUGCAGUCGCUUUGCGGUUGGGGCCAGCACCCUAGGCCCACCCGCCGCCACCCGUCGCCGACAUGGAACCCGUGGCCAGCAAUAUCCAGGUGCUGCUGCAGGCGGCCGAGUUCCUAGAGCGCCGCGAGAGAGAAGCCGAGCACGGCUACGCGUCCCUGUACCCGCACCGCAGUCCAGGCCCAGUCUACCGGAGGAGGAAGCGAUCGCCCCAAACUUCUGGCGCGCUGGACAGUGGGCGGUCUGUGCACAACGAGCUGGAGAAACGUAGGAGGGCCCAGCUGAAGCGGUGCCUGGAGCAGCUAAAACAACAGAUGCCCUUGGGGGCUGACUGUGCCCGCUCUACCACACUGAGCCUUCUGCGCUGGGCCAGGAUGCAUAUCCAGAAGCUGGAGGAGCAGGAGCAGCAGGCGCGGCGACUCAAGGAGAAGCUGCGUAGCAAGCAGCAGAGCCUGCAGCGGCAACUGGAGCGGCUCCGGGGGCUAGCAGGGCCGGGUGAGAGGGAACGGCCGCGGGCAGACAGCCUGGACUCUUCAGGCCUCUCCUCCGAGCGCUCAGACUCAGACCAAGAGGAGGUGGAGGUGGACGUGGAGAGCCUGGUGUUCGGGGGCGAGGCUGAGCUGCUGCGUGGCUUCAGUGCGGGCCAGGAGCACAGCUACUCACACAGCAGCAGCACCUGGCUAUGACCUUCACCGCUCCGGAGCGGGCCUCUACCCGCAGACUGUCCUCUGCUCUGCCAGGCAGGAGCCCUCCCCAAGCCUCCAGGGCUGCUCGGAGUCACCUCCUGUUGGAAUGAACUAAAAGGACCCUUAGCUGGGAAUAGGUGCCUGCCCCCCCACCCUGCCGCUGGCUGUCGGCAGUCCCUCCCGGUGGGGGGGGUGCCUGGGCUUCCCCUGAGCCCUGCAGGGCAGGCAGCUUGGUCUGGGCCAUCCUUCCAGGCCCUCUUUGUAGCACUUAGCUCCGCUGUCCCCAAGUGGGGCGGGGUGGGAAGCUUCUUAAGCCCUCACAUUCCUUCCUAGAGAAGGCAUCCUGGCCUUUGUCCCAGAUACUAUACAGUAUUUUCAUUAAAAGCCUCUUUACUAACUUCCUGUCCAUGGUCUUGCCUGAUAAAAAUGGGGAACUCCCAGCCACAAACUGGAAAAAAGGAAAUGAGAUCAGUAGCCAUCACCAACACUGCACUGUACCAGGCAGUGGCCCUUUAAU